AUGACUGCGGUGACAUCGCCUUUUGCCACAUUCAAAUUCAUGGCGACACCCAAACCCUACACUCUCGACGUUCCCUCCGAUUUCCUAGACUGGAUAAACAACCGUGUCAAAACCGCCCAUCUCGUAUCCGAUCUCGAACAUGCGCCUGGCGACGAAUGGCGAGACGGAACACCUACCGCUGUCAUGGAGGACCUGGUAGAGUAUUGGAAGACAUCAUACGACUGGAGAAGUGUCGAGAAAAACAUCAACGACAAGUUUCCAAUGUUCACGUUGGACGUCGAGGAGGGAGAUGAAACGAUCAAGUUGCAUUUCGUGCAUAAACGCAGUGAACGGCCUGAUGCUGUUCCUUUACUUUUUGCCCAUGGGUGGCCAGGGAACUUCUUGGAGGUUGAGAACCUCCUCCAGUUGACGAACCCUGCUGACCCGAAAGCACAAGCUUACCAUAUCGUCGCGCCCAGCCUUCCGGGGUUUACCCUGUCGUCAUCUCCAAAGAAACCAGGCUUCAUUCUCCCCAACAUCGCACGCAUCUACCACAAACUGAUGCUCACCCUCGGCUACCACCACUACCUCGGCCAAGGCGGAGACUGGGGCUCUUUCGUCCUCCGCAGCAUGGCCCUCCAAUUUCCCGACGCCUGUAUUGGUAUCCACCUCAACUUCAUCCUCUGUCUCCCCCCUUCCCCUCUUCGAAACCCUCUCACCCUUCUUUACCUCAUCCUCCGUUGGUUCACACCUGACCAAAAGGAACGUCUUAAGAGGAUGCAAUGGUGGUUCAAGCACGAAUCAGGGUAUACCGGAAUCCAAGGAACAAAACCCCAAAGCGUGUCCUACGGCCUCCUCGAUUCUCCUGUUGGAAUGUUAGCCUGGAUACGUGAGAAACUACAAGGGCUCGUCGAACCGGAUUACGUUUGGGACAAAGAGAGGUGUAUCACUUUUACGAUGCUCUACUUGAUUUCGGGUAGCGCUGGUCAUGCUCGGAUUUACAAGGAGAAUGUUGCCACUGUGGGAGAGACCGUCAUGAGUCAGAAAAUCUCUUCCUCUGUCGCGGUAGGAGUCAGUUGUUUCCCAAAGGAUGUGGCAUACGUUCCUAGAUGGUGGGCUGAAGCGAAUUCAAUAUCCAACAUCGUAUUUUGGAAGGAACAUGCGAAAGGAGGACAUUUCCCCUCGGUGGAGGUUCCUGAUAUGCUGAUUGCUGAUAUACAAGAGUGGGUCGAAGUCAUGCGUUCAAAGGGUGAUCCCACUCGAUGGGAAUGUCUACUCAAUGCGGGGCGUGCGUAG